GUAAUCUUGUUAUGUACCUACAUAUAAGAUUAGAGGAUGCAUGGGGCCACCCAAGAAGCUGCACCUGUUAGGAAUUGCGACAUCGCGCACACCUGCGCUUCCAGAGAGUGUUGCGGCAAUCAUCGCCACCGCGACGCUGCAGCUACCCCGCCGAGGAGGACGAGCACUCUUAGUUCUAACAUCGAACGGGAGGGACGUAGAUUAAGUUAGGAGUAAUUUAUUAUGUAAUUUUUUUUACAAUAAAUAAUUUAAAGUAAAUUUCGGUUUUUUUUGCGCCUUCGCGGGCCGGUCGAUAUAAUUGGCGCAGUCUUGUGGAUGAUCCUCGAGAGCCGUCUCUCGGAACGCGAAACUACAAGCAUCGAGAAUUGCCAUUCCAUCGGAGGGACGACGACGGGGACCAAGAACCUACAUCUAUUGGCCGCCGCAACGCGAAGGGUAUCCGAACAUUGAUACUGCAAGAAAGGCCGAAAUGAAAAUCCUAAUCCUUCCUCUGAUCCUGUGCCAGAUUCAAGCAGAAGAUCCCACCCUGACUAGCUUGGAUGACGGACCUGGUAUAUUACCAUUUAAUAUUGGAACUGCUAGAAUUGUCACUCAUUAUCAUUCAUUUUUGCAAAUUAUUAAUUUAAAGGAUAUUCGUGAUAGUAUAACCAUAGUAAAGGAUCAAUUAAAUUCAUUAACGCCUAAUUUGCACGAUAAAUUAUUUUCGCUUUAUAAUUCACAUAUUGAACACUUGCAUUAUAAGAUUAUUAAAUUGUCAAAUCAGUUGGAAACUUUUGAACCCAAUCGCAUAAAGAGAGGUCUCAUAGAUGGUUUAGGUUCAGUUAUAAAAAGUAUUUCUGGUAAUCUAGACUAUACAGAUGCAAUUAAAUAUGAUACCGCAAUUAAAUUAUUACAAAAUAAUGAGAAUAAAUUGGUCACAGAAAUGAAUAAUCAUAUAAGCCUCAGUAAAGAUUGGAUAGAACAACAAUCUGAUAUUUUAAACAACUUAAUUAAAAAUCAGGAAAAAAUUGAAAUAGCUAUAAAUGAUUUAAAGGCCAAUAAUUUAAACGUUACUCUAUACAUAGAUUUAAUUCAACGCGUAGCGAUUUUAUCAGAUAAUAUAGAUGAUAUAUCUGAAGAAUUACAUAGAUUAGAAAAUUUAUUAGGUUUUAUUCGUGCGAAAAGUACGCAUCAUCUUAUGUUCAAUUCAAAUUCUCUAAAAGAAAUGCUAAAUAAAUUACACAAAUUUUAUGGUAAAGAGCAAAUCCCUCAAGUUAAUUAUAGAGAAUAUUUUGAUUUAGUUAAACUAGGCUAUUAUUAUAGUAAUAGGAAUAUAGUUAUAGUUUUUAUGUUCCCGGUUGUCCUUCCUGCUACCUUUGAAUUAUUUAAAUUAUCCAUAGUUCCUAAUAAAGAUAGUAAAGUCCUAAUUCCACCCUAUCCUUUUGUGGCAAUUCACAACGAGGAUUUUAUGUACAUGGAGGCAGAAUGCCCGAAGUCUGGCCUAGGGUAUCUAUGUGAGGACAAGCUGAACCAUCAUCGAUCCAAAAAUGACUGCGUGUAUCACCUUAUUACCACGCAACGAGUCGUCGCAUCUUGUCUCUUCACGCCUGUGGAGCUCGGAGCGCCCGCACUAGAAAAAUUAGACGACGCCCACUACGUCAUCAGUUUCCCCAAGCCAUCAAAAAUCCACUUAUCAUGCUCGCAAGAUCAAUAUGACGUCAUUAAAGGAAGCUACUUAGCCACAAUACCCAAAAACUGCAUUCUUCAAACGGAGGCUUUCAAGAUAGUCAAUCGAGAAGACCAUAUCAAAGGACAGAUAAUGAAAAUUGCAAACCUGCCAGAUUCCAUCCAAUAUAAUACAGAUGAAGAAGUUCUGAAGUUGAAUUCGAUAAAUUUGGAUAAAUUACACGCUAGUAACAGAGCUAUAUCAAUGGAAAUGCCUAUCAGUACUAACAACGGAUACGAGAUUCUCUAUAUGCAGCCUUCCAUAAUACCGAUAUAUGUUAUAUUAAUAACGAGUGCAGUUGCCCUAGUGACAUGGUACAUCGUACGGAGACUGCGUACAUCAAAGCCUAUUACUACGAGUGUUCAUGGUAAUCAAAAAGAAGAAAUAGAACAUCAAUCGGCGGAGGGUGAAAUUUCAGCGAUAUUAACGAGCCUUGCCCGCCAAUAAUCGCUGAACUUCAGGAGGGAGGUGUUAUGUACCUACAUAUAAGAUUAGAGGAUGCAUGGGGCCACCCAAGAAGCUGCACCUGUUAGGAAUUGCGACAUCGCGCACACCUGCGCUUCCAGAGAGUGUUGCGGCAAUCAUCGCCACCGCGACGCUGCAGCUACCCCGCCGAGGAGGACGAGCACUCUUAGUUCUAACAUCGAACGGGAGGGACGUAGAUUAAGUUAGGAGUAAUUUAUUAUGUAAUUUUUUUUACAAUAAAUAAUUUAAAGUAAA